GAGUUCCCAAGUGGAGGCCAGUCCGGGGCAGCUGCGACAGGAACGAUAAAUAAGGCGGGUAGCCGAAAACUACAGCUGAAGCAGCUGAACACCGAAGCUGCCAGUCGAAAACGCGCCAUUCGCCCCCUGUUCUACCGCCCCACGACCGCCGCCGGCACGGUCUAUGUGGAGGACAACAUGCCCGACCCGAUGACGCGGGAUGCGAAGGAGAUCUAUGCGUUGCACUUGCACUCCCUAACCCAGUUACCGCAGCGCCUCGAGAUGCUGACGCCGUGGAACUGCCUGCACAGCUUUGUGGAAGAGUUGAAGCUCCGGAUGCAUGUCUUGCCCCACAGUUUGCGCGACGAAAACAGUGCCGAAAGUUCCAGCACGAGCCCUUUCUUCACGCACAUUUUGCGGAAUUUGUUGGGUCUCUCCAGCGCGUUGCUCUACUUCCAAACCUACUCCCCGCAGUUCGGGGCCAGGCAGAACUGGCUCAGCAAUCAGAAGUUGGCGAACAUUCUUUGGAAGUACCUGUACCGAGAUGUGAUCGCCGGGGAUUUCAUUGAACUAGACAGCGACGAAGAUUUUUUGUCACCCGAAAACACUCUCCCACUUCGCGGAUCCUCGUUGGAAAAAGAACCCAAAGCUCCGAAGUUUUUGGUCCCGAAUUAUUCGGAAGAGGAGUUCGAGGAACUGCGAAAGGUGGUCAACAGGUACCUCGAUGGUACCACUUCAACUUCUGACGAGCAGGCUUGUUCAAAGAAGGAAAGAACGUCUUCUGCUGAGGAUAGAGGCAGCAGCGGUGUUUUGGCGGUGAAAGUAGAAAAUGGGAAGGAUGAGGAACAUCGUCCUGGUGCGGAUGUUAAUAACCUUCUUGACAGCAAGAAAACUCCCGAUGCCGGAAUAUUAAAUGGUCCCAAUGCAGCCAAAGACGUCAACAAAAAUAUUGACACGACGACAGAGGCGGGAGCCAGGAUACAGGAGUACCAAGCCAGAUUUGAUCGCGCCGAUAGUUCUGGCAACUCGAAUGCGGAUUUUCUUGCGGCUGCUGCGCAAAACCCUCCAGUACCACUACCCCUCGCCGAGAUGGCUCGGCGUCGCCAGCGUGAUAAUUCGCCGAGUUCCGUGAAAGCCAAUCGGGGCUCCAGCUUCGAGACGGAGAGGAACGCAUCAAGUACCCGAAACGACAAUAAAUACGACUCCGACGCCGGUGGCGACCUCGCAGCUGCACCAAGAAACGAAGAUGCGGCGUGGCUAAACACCACUUCUGCGUGGCUAGACACCACUUCUCUGCCGCCGGACGGCAUGUACCCACCGCCACCUCCGCCACCCGAAGCUCCUGGAAAUAAUAAAACCGGCACGACGCCCCCUCCGCAGUUGACAAAAACGCCCAUUGCGACGAUUGCGCUGAAGAAAAAUAUCUACGACAUUCUGGUCUGGUACCCGCGCGCGCUCGAGAAGCCGGAUGACUUGCGCACGUCCCGGAACAACCUGCUCAGCAGUUCUUUCACAGCGGCGGGCAGCGACGGCGUCCACAAUUUGCAGAAUCGCGCGCGCAACCGGUCCGGAAGUUACAGCUUUCAUUUGCGGAGCCGCAAAGGUUCCGCAAGCUCGAUUCGGGGGACGAACAAUCCUGCCGCAGGUGGCAUUGGCGCGCAGGCGGCGGCGCAGUACGAUCAGGCGGUGAGGGAGAAUAAUCAACAGCAGCAACCCAACCGAAGGCUCUCAGGGAGGAACGCGGUUGUACCCGAUCCAGAAACCGGCGCUCCCGCGACGAACAAUGGCGCCGCGCCCGGUUUCGGGUUGAGUGGACUUGGGCCCAGGGGCGGGUUUUUUGUCGCGACGCCCGGCGGGCCCGGGAGCCUUCCCGGCGGAGUGCCCGGAGGAAGUUCUUCAGAGGCGGGUAACAUUCACAACACCUCGAACGUCGAUCCCUGGAACUUGCAAAGCCACCUAUGCAUUGCAAAAGUAUCGUACUAGUAUAAAUCGCAAUACAAAUUUUUCCAGAAGGAAAAAUAAAUGGAAUUUGUAAUGCUGAUUUCGCUAAGAAACAAGAUUUGUCAUGCAUGCUUGCAAUUAGUACGAGCACGAUACUUUUGCACAGGAUACCACCUGUUUGACGACGAUUUCGACAUGGACCAACUCCAGCCCGAUCAUCUAUCCGAGGCCCACCUAUGGAUUGCAAAAAUGUCUGGGUCUGGAAGAAUGCGCGAUUUGUCAUGCAGCUUUUUCAUGACCCAUGAGGUCUGGAAUGCAGGACCUAGCAUGACAGAUUCUGCGCGAUCUCUCUCAUGCCUAUCCUGCAUGAGAAACUCCCUCCCGACUUGGUCAAAACUGGACGACUUUUGGUGAUCAUGCAACACAGAUUUUUGCAUGCUUCAGAUUUAGCAUGACAAGUUGCAUUCCUCCAGACCCAGACACUGCUACAUUUGAUACCACCGCGCCCACAGCGACGCCUUCUGGAAGCCCAUCCGCCUGGGGAGCGAGUUUUUCCAUUCCCUACCCCUCCGCGCGCAGCACUGGCUGCUGAUCGACAAGGCGAUGGAGGUGCUGAUGGUGCACUGCGACCUGAACCUGGGGACGAACUACCUCGCCGGCACCGGGAUCGGGUCCAGUUACAGCAGUGCCUACGAUCACUACCUGGAUUGCUUACCUGAAGACGUGCCGUUUGCUGGCCUCGGCGCGGCGGGUAGCGACUCGAAACACGACGUGCCCGAUAGCCGAGUGAUGAACACGAUGAAACUGUUUGCUGAGUUGGUAGAAAAAGCAAGCACAAGCGGGUUCAAGAACAGCAGCGAUUUGAGGGCGUUCUUACUGGAAAGAAUGAAAAAGGCUUGGAUAGUUGGGGGGAAUAUAACCGAAGCUGAGAAGGCCGCUGCUGGGCGGGAGGGAGUGAAAAGCGAAGAUAGUACUAAAGUGAAAGUAGCAGUAGAAGCAGACGAACAGAAAGCGGAACAUCUUCAGCAAGCGUCUUCUAGUAGUAGCAGCAGCUCAAGUAGUAGCGCAGCUGUGAAAGAAGACGUAGCCACAGUAUCCGCACCACCGCGGUCUUCACCAUCGAGAGAAGCAAUAGAAAACAGACAAGUUCCAAGAACGACCGUCAGCGAGAUCACGUUUGACACCUUUCACUCCGACCUGGUGCAGGGCAUGGGCGACGAUCGCCCGCUUACCUUGUUGGAAGUCGUAGCUGCGGACGAGCCCAAUGCGGGCGCGAAGGUUGCUCCUGGUGCGAAGGAAGGAAAAGGGAUGAAGGAGCCCAUUGACAAAAGAACUCGCACAGCAGCUUCUGCGCAAAAUAAACAGUACUACAUUUGCGGCGGGCUGAACAAAACCGACGUGAAGAGUAACAACACCGUCCCGAUGCAGUUGACCCGCAAGGCACUGCAGUACCUUUCGAAGUCCAUGUCGGUCUUUCUGACCGCGAGCGGCAGGGCAAAGACCGAGUCGGAAGAUGCGGCUCUGACCAUCGAUAGCAACGACGGGUUUUCCUGCUUGUUAGCACACCACUCCUUCGACUUGAAGCGGUUGCUGGUGUGGUUCCUGCAGUUCUACAACACUUUAUCGAUUUACAAGGGGCGGGAAAAAAAGAAGGUAGAAAAGGGACGAGGAGCGGGUGAGUCGAGUAACGGUUGUACUGGGCUGGGCAACGAUGAUGCAGCUAUGAACUACGACGGCGACGUCGAUCUUGCACAUUUUGAGCCACGACGGCCGAAGACAGCGGUACCGCUGGAACUCGAAGUUUCUCCCGACGAUUUGUUGGACCGGAAUAUAGAAGGAACUGGUGACCAAAAAACUGUCGCACACGUACCGACGACUGUGCAGUUGGAGACUGUGCCCUGGAAGACAAGGAUCGUCGCCGAGCCGCGAGCCUUGUCGAAGGAAGCACUAGACACCGCACAAUUAGGGGGACCACCUCCUCCAGUAGGAACUACUUCUUCUGCGCAAAUAUUAGGCGGAGGCUCGGCUUCCUCAUCUUCCUCCUCGUCUCAGCAUGUGCUUCCAGUAGUUCCAGUGAACCUGACCGGGCAAGAGUUCUUUUCGGGGCCCCUGUACACUGAAAACGGGCCGGUGCGGAUCGAAGCAGGAGCAGACCUUCGGCAAGGUCGUGGCUUCAAUGCUGGAGGAGACCUCGCAGGAACAUCAUCAUCAACUACAGGCCACCGCCCCGGCGCCGCUGGCGCCAGCAGCGCGAGCCCGGCCCACGCCACCGAUGAAUCGGAGGCCGGGAACUCCAUGGAAACGCCACAGCACAUGGAGGUGGACGAAAAUGCCCGGCCGGAAUACUACGAGGAGCUGCAGGAGAACGAGUUGCGGGGUAACGAGGAACUCCUCGAGGAAUACAAUAUGCAAUGCAAAAGUAUCUGUAUCGUACUACUACUACUAGUAGGAAUUGCAUGACAAUUUUUUCUAUAGGAGAAAAAUAAAAUUUCUCAUGCAGAUUCAGGUAAGCAAGCAUAAGCAAAAAUCUGUAAUGCUAUACGACUUUUGCAAUGCAUAUACAAGACCGACAAGCAAAAGGCCAAGGCAGAGCUUCUGCAGAAGCCGCGCUUCCUCGUCGAAACCCUGGAGACGCGAUUUUCAGAAAAGGACAAUCCGAUUUACAAGCUCAUGUUCAAACAGCACUGGCUGAAGCUUUUGCUAAAGCACCAGUUUGCGCAAAACUGGUCGCUGUUCGUCGACCGAUUAGCGAGGCAAGCAACGGUGGACCCAAUUCUGACGCCCGAGGCGUUUACCGCGCAAAUGGAGCACCCCGGAUUUGCGUCGAAGGAGGGAUUUUGCCACGACCCAGACGUGCACCCGGCCCCGAACGGCAUGCCCACGGCGGCGGUGCGGAAACUUUUUACCGCAUUUAAGGGGUGUCAGGCGGGGAAACAAGCAGCGAGGGAGGAGGAAGGGAAGCCAAAAGAAGCACAGCAGCAGGUGGAAAAUGAAACUAAGUCAAGUAAGAAUGAGAAAACCAAAUCUCCGGCGAAAGAUACGAAUCCUGACGGAGCUGCACCCGCUUGUUCAAGUGACCAGCCAGAGCAGAAAUCUUUUCUCGCACAAGGAGCCCCGGCUUUCUUCGCAGACGUAAACGAUCUUCGCGAGCUGGUUGACAUCGACUACGGCGAAGGGGAAACCUACGCAGCCGACGAGGGCUAUUGCGGCAAGCGGUUCUACGAGGAGCACGCGUUCCAGUCCCACAUCGCGCAAGUCACCGCCAUGUACUUCCAAAAGUGUCUGACCGAAGAUGGUGUUUCCGUGGAGGAGGCGGCACAGGAUUUCCUGCCGCAUGCUUGUGACGAGUCGAUUGUGUUCGUCGUGGAUAAAGACCAACUUGCAAAAUGUAGUACAACUAAAACGACUGGUGGAUCGGGAACUACUACAAGCACGGAACUACACCAGCAGGAGGACAACUGGCGCGCGUUUUUCCAGCUGCAGCGGGGGUUGUACCAGCAGAUUAUGAUCACGGAAGAGGAGUUUUUCGACUACUGUGUGGAAACCAUGACGGAUUUGCUGCAGUUCGCGGCCUGGACGUGGCACAGCGUCACCGGGGCUUUUGACACCCGAAACCGGACGAAGCUGGCCUUUCUAUCGGACAACCUCAGCGCGAGCUCCGCCGUGGACCGGUACAAGGGGUUGCUCGAGGUUUUCGGCAUGGAAUCCGACCCGGACAUGUGGCGGUUUGCGAUCCGGAAGUCGCACUUCUCGCAACACAAUCAGGUCGGCCAGGGCAAACUGGUCUUCGAGAGAAAUCGCGCGAAAGCGGAGCAGAGCUACGUCGAGUUGAUGCAGCGCAGCAUGCGGAAAACCAGACCGCAACUGGAUGAGGAAUUCGAGGAGAGAAGGAGAAGUCGAGACUUGAUUGGGACCAGGUCCCGUCUGACUAGCACCCUCGAGGAGCAGGAUCAACAGAACAGAAACGCAGGAGGAGGUGGAGCCUCCUCGUCCUCUUCAUCAGCACCAAAUAAAGCAGUUGAUCUCGUGGAAAUAAAUGCUGAAACGAAGACCACCAAAAAGCCCGGCGCCGACGAAAUAAAUACUACCGGAGAUAAUUCCACGAACCUCGUGCCGACGCCGAGCCCAAACGCUUCCACCAAUCCCUUUCUGCUUCCCGACCACAGGCGUGAGGGCUACAAAGAGCUUCUCAAGUACUACAUGAACACGGAGAACUCGAUUUUCGACGACACCUUCGGCUACCGCCCCCCGGGCCAGUUCUUUACGUAUUGGCAGGCCGCGACCACGCUGUUCGGCAACACGAGCGGAACAACAGCUGCGCAGUCCUGGUCUAACAUCAAUUUCGACGACUGCAACGUGGUACCACCCAACGCCUACAAGGAAAACUUGAUGCGCAUGGUGCCCCCGGCGCACAUGCUCAUUGCCAUUUACGAGCUGUUCGGGCAAACCCGGGGCGGGUACAACUGGCAGCGGUGUAACCUGGGCGGCCCGCCGCAGCUGCUGGAGCAGCUGGCCAUGGCAAACCGCCGCAAGUUCAUGGGCUGCAAAUUCCCCGAGAAAAUCAAGAAACUGCUCAUGUUGGGGCCCAAAUUCUCCCUGACGAACGUGCGCACCGUCGGGAGACUGGUGGAGAAAUUGCCGAAGUUGUUCCUGGACGGUGGGAGUGACAGCACAGCUUCUUCGUCCACCUUGUCGGGUGGCGGAACAGGAUCGGCGGCAGGACCAUCGUCCAUCUCUGGCGGCGCAGGAGGCAAUGCUUCCUCGAAUAAUUGUAGUACGGCAACCGACGAGAUGCGGGACUUUUACCGGGCCACGUACGCGAACUACCUUUGUGCGCAGGAGCUUUUCCAAUUCGACAAGCCGUCCAGGAUUUUUGAGGAGGACCGGGAGCGGAACCGGCGGAGAAACGAUCCGGAGCACACGAAGAUGCAGAAGGGGGCAGCGUGCCGGGAGCUGGUAAGACUAGUCGGUGGAAGCGCGGGCAAAGAAGCCGAGCUCCUCACAAAGCAGGAGGAGAUGAACAAAAUGAAUGCGGAUAUUAUGGACAGCGGCAGCAGAAACUCGCCUUCCCCGAAGCGGGCGUCUUCUCCCUCUGGUGCACUCGGAAAGAAGAUGAAAACCGCAUCACAGUUGUCCCAGGAAGGAACAAACAAUAAAGGGACACCAGCAGCAGCUACUAGCAGUAGUACAACUGCAACUUCGGGUAUUAAUCUUAAAAAGUUAGACGGCCCAGAGACCGCCAAAGCCAUCAGGAAUUUGGUCAUUUUCGGAAAGAAGCCAGCCGAUUUUGCGAAUGAGGAGAGGAAGAAGGGGAAUAAAGCCAAAACGAAACAGCCGAACAAGGAGAGUGCAGCGUUGUUGACUAUACCGAGCGAGGCGCCUACUGUGAGUCAUCAGCUCCAGCCCGCGUUGAUCGAGUUUAUCCCCCUACCGGAAUCCCUCUCCGGCCUCCUCGCGUACACGUGGGAGCACUACUGUUUUUUUGGCAACAAGAAGCCUUCCGAACCCGCGGUGUGUCUUCUGACCGGCCGCGUCAUCGGCAUGGCGCAGGACUGCAAGGGCUUUCCCCGCAACUACUUUGGCAUGUCGGUGGCGCACCGGCGGAGCAUGCAAAACAGCAAAAUCGGCGAGGCCACCGCCUACUCCGGGCCGGUCGGUGCCGGGCACGGGAUCUACCUGCUCCCCUACACGGCGAGCGUGUUGGUUACGUGCGAGAACGGGCUGUGCUACCUGUGGGACUACGCGUUUCCCUACAGCGACAUGUUCGGGGAGAACACCCAGCUACGCGGCGCGGGCCACCACUUGAAGCGGAUCCUGGAGAUGCGGCUGGACCGGCGGAAGUUGGACGCGCUGCGCCAGAUCUACACGUUCGGAGGGUGUCACCAGGAAAUCAUACGAGUGCAGAACCGGACCAUGAAAUACUUCCCGAACGCGCUCUGAAGAAGGAGACCUACAGUUGUACCUACUUGUUGCGUUUUUUUACUUACGGCCUCCCGUGUUGGUUCAUCUGGGUCUGACCGUGUGGGGCGUGGUUCCAGCAAUAUCAAGUGCAACAAACAAGAAGGAUACAACUACGCGUGCAGUGCAGUGUCGUUUGUCUCGGAAGAGCGAAAAAGCUGCAAAGCUGCAAAUCUGAAUUGUACGAAGACGCUCCAGGGAAUACAGGUACUUAUGAGCGGUUUUAGUCGACAAGCCUUUGACUGUUGUUUGAAGUUCUUGUACACCUAUGAAGAGAGCAAUUCAAAUUUGUUGUGUCUUUGAAUUAUCCCCAACAUUCCCAUUGAAACUCACACAGAUGAUCAAGGGCAAGGGGAUGUGGACAGGACUCAAGCUACAGCGAGUUUGUUGGGCUGAAGAUUACUUCCUACUUCGAAGGCUGUCGGGAUAAGCACGAGGCUCCGAGGAGAUUAUUUUCACGUCCGUCGCUUGAUGUUGAUCUUAUUUCAGCUUUGCAACAUAAGCCCUUGUUGGCCAGUUUUUCGACAGACACAAUGAAAACGCCACUGACCGACCGUGAGAAUGCGUAACAUAGUACAAUGAGCAUUCACUCAUCAGGCGACUUUUCCCAAAGAAACGUAAAAUGGCAUAUGUACCCGCAUCACACAUAGCCUGCCAUACAACAGGAACUCGCAUUUUAUCCUUGCUUUAGUUAUGAGUGGUCUGAGUUUUGCUGAUUUUGCUACGUCCUCAGAAAUUAUGAGCCGAACAUUAAAAAACGCACGAAGAAAUACGCGAGGAAGACUCAUCAACAUAAACGACUUUCAGUAAAGAAAACUGUCUACUACUCCUGUUUGACUUUGACACCAACCCUCUUUGCAGUGCUGGAAGGCGUUUUCUUGAGAAUUUAGGUUGCUUGACGUUCACUUUCAGCAUUCUCUUUU